AUGAGGCUUUCUUCAGCUGGUUUUAGUCCCCAACACAACCAAGAAGGUGAGAAGAGGGUUCUGAAUUCUGAACUUUGGCAUGCUUGUGCCGGUCCUCUUGUUUCGCUCCCUGCUGUGGGAAGCCGGGUUGCUAUAUCAACCAAUAGGGAAGUUGAUGCUCAGAUCCCUAAUUAUCCAAGCUUGCCUCCACAGCUUAUCUGCCAGCUUCACAAUGUGACAAUGCAUGCAGAUAUCGAGACAGAUGAAGUUUAUGCACAGAUGACAUUGCAGCCACUGAGUCCGCAAGAACAAAAGGAUAUCUACCUGCCAGCAGAGUUGGGUGCCCCUAGCAAACAACCAACCAAUUAUUUUUGCAAGACUUUGACUGCCAGUGACACAAGUACUCAUGGAGGCUUCUCUGUUCCUCGUCGAGCAGCUGAAAAAGUGUUCCCUCCUUUGGACUUUUCCAUGCAACCUCCGUGCCAGGAGUUAAUUGCUAGGGAUCUGCAUGAUAACGAGUGGAAAUUCAGGCAUAUCUUUCGCGGCCAGCCUAAGCGGCAUCUGCUUACAACAGGGUGGAGUGUGUUUGUCAGUGCCAAAAGACUUGUUGCCGGCGACUCGGUUCUUUUCAUCUGGAACGAAAGAAAUCAGUUACUCCUUGGCAUUCGACGUGCUAGCCGCCCUCAAACCGUGAUGCCUUCAUCGGUCUUAUCGAGUGAUAGCAUGCAUCUGGGACUUCUUGCUGCAGCUGCCCAUGCAGCUGCAACCAAUAGUCGUUUCACCAUAUUCUACAAUCCAAGGGCCUGUCCAUCUGAAUUUGUCAUUCCACUGGCGAAGUAUGUCAAAGCUGUCUAUCAUACUCGGGUGUCUGUUGGCAUGCGCUUUCGGAUGCUAUUUGAAACUGAAGAAUCAAGUGUCCGCCGCUACAUGGGUACAAUAACUGGCAUAAGUGAUUUAGAUUCUGCUAAAUGGCCAAAUUCAUAUUGGCGCUCAGUCAAGGUUGGCUGGGAUGAAUCGACUGCUGGAGAGAGGCAGCCAAGAGUAUCUCUUUGGGAGAUUGAACCACUGACAACAUUCCCAAUGUACCCUUCCCCAUUUCCCUUGAGGCUUAAACGUCCAUGGCCACCUGGCUUUCCUUCUUUCAAUGGAAUCAAAGAUGAGGAUCUGGGAAUGAACUCUCCUCUCAUAUGGUUUCGAGGAGAUGGAGACCGUGGACUUCAAGGAAUGAACUUCCCUGGAAUGGGUGGUGUUGCACCAUGGAUGAUGCAACCAAGGCUCGACGCCUCUUCCAUGCUUGGGCUUCAAUCCGAUGUUUACCAAGCCAUGGCUGCUGCAGCUCUUCAGGAGAUGAGAGCCGUGGAUUCUCUGAAAUCACCAACUGCUUCCCUCCUGCAAUUUCAGCAACAUGACAAUCUUCCAGCAGGUAGGACCCCAUCGUCUUUGAUGCAACAGCCUCAGAUGCAGCAGCAGUCUCAGCCUGGACAGACUCUUCUCCAAGAGAACCAACUCCAUGCCAUCUCUCAGGCUCAGGUUCAAAAUCAGUCAAACUUCAUUCAGCAACAAUUGCAGCAUCAGCAGUCAUUCAACAGUAGUCAACAGCAGCAGCAGCAAAGGCCACAGCAACAAAUACAGGUUGAUAAUCAGCAGAUUCCAAAUGCGGGUCAUAAUGGGCCUCAGUUUCGUCCUGCAGCAACAUCUCAAUACCAGUCACCACCAUCCCAGCCCAUGUCCUCACUGUGUCAGCAGCAGCAGCAGCAGCAGCAGAGCUUCUCCGAUUCUAGUGGGAACCACGUGUCAGGCCCUGUUGCUGUCUCUCCAUUACACAGUCUCCUUGGCUCAUUUCCCCAAGAUGAAUCAUCAUCCCAUCUACUCAACCUGUCUCGAACCAGUCCCUUGAUGAAUUCUCCUUCUGAUUGGCCGCCGUCCAAGAGAGCUGCCAUUGAACCUCUGGUUUCGCCCGAAGCUCAUCAAUUCUCCCAGAAUGCUGUUUCAUUGCCUCCAUUCCCAGGGAAGGAGUGCUCUGCAGUGGACGCAGAAGGUGGCAGCGAUCCACAGAGCCAUCUUUUGUUCGGUGUGAAUAUUGAGCCCUCAUCACUUUUGAUGGCUGCCAAUGGAAUGUCUAGCCUUAGGGGAGUAAUCGGCAGUGAUGGUGGUGAUCACAGUGCUGGCUUGCACUUCUCAUCUAACUACAUGACCAACAUGGGAACAACAGAUUUCUCGCUUAAUCAUUCUGCAAUGGCGGCCCAAUCGAGUUGUGGUGUUGAUGAGUCAGGCUUCAUGCAGUCAUCGGAGAGUUUGGGCCAAGUCAACAACUCAUCAAGUGAUACAAACUUUGUUAAGGUAUACAAGUCGGGGUCCUUUGGUAGGUCACUGGAUAUCUCCAAAUUCAGCGGCUACGACGAGUUGAGGGGCGAGCUGGCUCGGAUGUUUGGGCUCGAAGGACAAUUGGAGGACCCCCUGAGAUCAGGCUGGCAGCUUGUAAUUGUUGACCGGGAGAACGAUGUGCUUCUUCUUGGCGACGACCCCUGGCCGGAAUUUGUGAACAAUGUGUGGUGCAUAAAGAUACUGUCACCACAGGAAGUGCAGCAAAUGGGCAAACAAGGGCUGGAGCUACAGAGCUCGGUUUCAGCUCAGAAGAGGCUCGCGAAUGGAAGCUGCGACGAGUUUGCAAGCCGGCAGGACGCGAGGAACUUGACCACUGGUAUAAAAUCUGUGGGUUCUUUGGAAUACUAGAUCAAAGAACCAAGAAGAAGAAGUCCAUGUGUAGUAAGUUCUCUUUUUUUUCUUCUUCUCUUAACUGCUUAGAAGAAUGGGUUAAUCCUCUCCAUGCAGUGUAAUAUCUAGGCGCCGCCACUGUCACGUAUGUAGUAGUAGAGGCCAUGAGUAAGAGAAUGCCUGAUCUUCUUUAAGUCUAUUGAGAUGUUGUUACUGUAAGUCUGUAACUAAGUACAGAGGAUUAGGACACCCUGUCCCCUUUUCCCCCCGUUUUUUUCAUGUCUAUGAUGGGAAUAUACUUGCAAAAUGGAUAUAUUAUGCAUAUCAUUAGCAGGAAAAGGCACCUAAUUACAUGCUGCUAAAUCGAAAAGUAGCUGGCUUUUCAUAAAUAUCUGGAU